AUGACAAACUAUACCACAUCGGCAAUGAUGGAAUUUUUUCCAUCCACAGUGCUGAUUUACAUUAAAGCUGAGGCACCUAGAGAAUUUGUCUUAAGCUACUGGAUGGAGAUCCUCUCCCUGGUCUUUGCCCUGGUCGGGCUGGUGGGGAACAGCAUCGUCCUGUGGCUGCUGGGCUUCCGCACCCAGAGGAGCCCCUUCUCGGUCUACAUCCUCAACCUGGCUGCAGCCGACGCCCUCUUGCUUGGUAACUACUUUGGGUAUUUCAUGUGUAAAAUUGUUGGAAAUUUAAAAAGUCUUGUCCUGAAGCUGCUGUGGCGCUGCAUCCUAAACCUGUCCUACUCUGUGGGCCUGAGCCUGCUGGCUGUGAUCAGCACCGAGCGCUGUCUCUCUGUGCUCUUCCCCAUCUGGUACAGACAUCACCGGCCCAAGCACACGUCUGCAUGUGUGUGUGCCAUUCUCUGGGCUCUGCAGGGCCUGUUCUGGGGAGUAUUUGUGGCUCUUCAUUUCCUUAUCAUGGACCACCUCUCUGAUCUCUACUUUGUUCUCUACUUGGUCCAGUUCGGCUGGUUCCUCCUCCUCACCUGUGUGCUGUGUGUGUCCAGCCUGACGCUGGUGCUGAGGGUCCAGUGCAGCUCCAAGUGCAGGCACCCACCCAGGUUCUACCUCCUGGUGCUGCUCACAGCCCUGGUGUUCCUGCUCUGCGGCCUGCCCUUAGGUAUUUUUUAUGUAGUUCGGUUUUUUAGUGGCUCCCGUUUAAUACCUUACAAGCUCUGCAGGCUCCUGGCCUGUGUGAACAGCAGCUCAAACCCUUUCAUUUACUUCUUCCUGGGCAGCCAAUGGUGUAAAAGAGGGAGGGAGCCACUCAGGGUGGUCCUGCAGAGGGCCCUGGGGGAGGAGCAGGUGUUAGGGGAUGGGACGAGGGACACUUCCCAACCUGACACUCUGGAUGAAUUAUCCUGA